AUGGCUUCAUCCGGGCGUUGCUACAAUGACGCUAUCGAUGCGCUCAAUUCCCUUCAGACGCCUUUUGAUAUAGUCGAAGCUCGCAGGAAGGCUGGUAUAAAGCCUAAUGCUGUGUCAAUUCAAGAGAUGAAGAUAUAUCUCCUCCGUAUCGGAUACACUCCUUCUGAUUUGAACAAACUCAACAUCGUUCAUGUGGCAGGAACCAAAGGCAAAGGAAGUACUUGUGCAUUUGUCGACUCUAUCCUCUCUCAAUAUCAGCACGCAAGAGGCACACCCCGCAAAACAGGCCUCUUCAUAUCCCCUCACCUCAUAGCUGUCCGCGAGCGCAUCCGUAUCAAUUCAACCCCUAUUUCAGAAGAACUUUUUGCAAAGUACUUCUUUGAGGUCUGGGACCGUCUAGAGGCGGCGCCAAAGGAUGAAGCAGACAAACUCAUGCCCCCUCGACCAAUCUAUGCUCGCUACUUAACCUUGAUGAGCUGGCAUGUCUUUCUUCAAGAGGGCAUCGAUGUUGCUGUGUACGAAACGGGAAUCGGAGGAGAAUUCGAUGCUACCAACGUGGUCGAGAACCCGGUAGCUUCAGGGAUCAGCACACUUGGUAUUGACCAUGUGUUCGCUUUGGGUGACACUGUAGCCAAGGUUGCAUGGCACAAAGCAGGUAUCAUGAAGAAAGGCAGCGCGGCUUUUACAAUCGAGCAAGUGCCAGAUGCAGACGAGGUCCUUAGAAAGAGAGCCGAGGAGAAGAAAGUGGAUCUGAAAGUCCUCGACAUUGAUCCUCGACUAAAUGUUGUCAAGAUUCGACCAGACGCCGCCUUCCAGAAGCGAAAUGCCACACUAGCCGUUGCUCUUGCUGAAACAGCACUGGAGAAGAUUGGUAUUGAUCUUCCGCAACGUUCGGAACCUCUGCCGAAGGAAUUUGUAGAUGGCCUUGAAAAAGUUGUAUGGAGAGGUCGAUGUGAGGUCAAGAAGGAGGACAAGGUGACAUGGCACGUUGACGGCGCUCAUACCUCUGAUAGUUUGAAGAUGUGCUCCAAAUGGUUCAAAGAUGAGACUUCAGGACGCAACGGCCCUCGCGUCAUGAUCUUCAACCAACAAGGCCGCUCAGAGGCCACUGAGUUCCUCGAAUCCGUUUUCAAAGCAACCAAACGUGAUGGCCAGCCCGCCUUUGACCAUGUCAUCUUUUGCACAAACGUCACAUAUGCCGAGUCAGGCUACAAGCGUGACUUUGUCAACCACCAGUUUGACCCUGCCGAGAUUGACAAGAUGACAGUCCAGCAGCGCUUCGCUGAGAAGUGGGCAGCUCUGGAUCCUAGUGCUACUGUUAAAGUCAUGCCUACCAUCGAGCAAUCCAUCGACUACGCUCGACAUAUUGGAGAAGAUCUUCUAGAGGGCGAGACGGUCCAGGCACUUAUCACAGGCAGCUUGCAUCUUGUUGGCGGUGCGCUUGGAAUAUUGGAGAAAGCUGAUGCUCUAUGA